AUGCCUGGGUCCUUGCCCCGCUUCCUUUCUCGGAUCAGCCUAGGCGGACUUGGCCUGGCUGCUCUGCCCCCUGCGCGCCUUUGCAGCUCCGGCCCGCCGGCCCUUCUUGGCUUGGCUGCCCACCCCAACCCGCUGGCCUCGCCGCACCCCGCUACGGGCUCGCGCCCCCCCACCCCCGGAUCCCUGCCGCGAAGCCCGGUUCCCGCUUUCCCACGCGUCCCUGUGCCCCCUAUCCAGAGUGAAGAUCUGGAAAACACCAAUGUCACCUCUCCAGUGGUUUCAGCCCCUGACCCAGAACCCCAUUCCUCACCAUACAGGCCACAGAUGGUAUCUGCAGUGGGUGAAGAUGCCCCGGAAGGUCCGCGGAAGGCAGCCUGUGCCGUGGAGGCGCAGGCCUUGGCGGGACAGGAAAUGGAGUCUGCAGGCCAGGCUAAGGGUCUCAGCCAGAUGGCCAAGUACCAAGCUCCACAACGGGCUGGUGACAUCGUUAUGAUCCAGUCUGAGCACACGGGGACUAUUGAUAUUCUCUCAGCUGACUUGGAAUCUGCAGAUCUUCUGGCAGACCACAGGAAAGUCUCCCCACCUCUGAUGGCUCCUCCGUGCAUCUGGACCUUUGCCAAGAUGAAGGAAUUCAAAAGCAAGCUGGGCAAAGAGAAGAACUGCCGUCUGGUGGUGAAGCGGGGUGAGGUGGUGACCAUCCGGGUGCCCACCCACCCAGAGGGAAAGCGUGUCUGCUGGGAGUUUGCCACCGAUGACUAUGAUAUUGGCUUUGGUGUUUAUUUUGACUGGACCCCUGUAACCAGCACUGACAUAACUGUGCAGGUCAGUGAUUCCAGUGAGGAUGAGGAUGAAGACGAGGAAGAGGAGGAAGAGAUUGAAGACCCUGUCCCAGUUGGUGAUGUGGAGAGAGGCUCCCGGAGCUCGCUGCGGGGCCGCUAUGGAGAGGUCAUGCCUGUGUACCGGCGGGACAGCCACCGAGACGUGCAGGCUGGCAGCCACGACUACCCUGGGGAGGGCAUCUACCUGCUUAAGUUUGACAACUCCUACUCCCUGCUGCGCAACAAGACACUGUACUUCCACGUCUACUACACGAGCUGAAGGCCCACCGGGACGGAGGCAGGCAGGGCUUUGCUGGGUGGGGCAGGCUGCCCGCUGGCGCCUCUCGCUGCCGACUGGCCGGAGCUGAAGGUCGGGUGCGCGGCUCCUGGCCCAUGUAUCCUGCCUGACUGUUGACCCCACAUCGCUUUCCCCCUUCUUGGCUUCUGCAGAUGGUGGUGUAGUACCCCUAUUUUGUGGCCCCCGACUCACGCUCUUCUUGCUUCGGACUCCAGCCAAAUCUCUCUAUGAAGGAACCUACCUGGCAAGAGCCUCAAAGGAAAUCGGGUGUCAUCUUUAAAAAAUACGCUUGCUCUGGUGCAAGGUGUAUCAUCCUGGUUCUGCUGCUCUCUCUUCUCCCAGGGCCUUUCUUGCAUUUACUGGCACCCACCCUCUUUGCUUUCUCAAAGUGCCAGAAGAGGGAACAGCACAUGGUCUUUGAAAGAACCCAGUGUCUCGGGCGGAGAAAGCUCCGCCCAGCCUCACACCACUGCCAUAUUCCCGCCUGCUGGUUCUCUGCAGCCUCUCGCCCAGGCUGAGAGCCCUCACUGCCUUUGGAGAGGGGGUAUUAGUCUUGAUGGCUCGACUCUGCCUCCUCCUCCCUCUUUUCCCUUCUUGAGUCUGCCUGCCAUCACAGCAAGAACUCCAUGCAGUUGAGAGUGAUGGCCAGUGUAUUCUAAGAUCUGGGAAGAAAAACUGACUCCAUCACUUCCUGUGUCACCCAGGCCACUGGUGGUCAAAGGGGAUGGGAUGGAAAUAGGUCCUGGAUUAUCUCAGAACCCACAUCUUUGAAAAUCAAGUGUUACUAAGUUAUUGUUUGUGUAAUCAAAGAAGCAGGCAUGUCAUGUGAGAGAGCAGGUCAGACAACAGCAGUGUUCCAGAUUUCCUACCCCUCCUUUGUCUUCACAGUGGGUGUGUUACUUGGAAGUUUUGCUUUGGAACACUUUGUUUUCCAAAGCUGCUGGGUUUCGGUUUCCUGUACUGCGGGUUUCAAGCGUUGGUCUACACGGUCUCAGGAAAGGGGAUAAUGACACUCCACUGUUGCUGCUGAUGGAAUUUGUUCUUUCCUAGGCCAAAGCUUUCAUUUCUCUGGCUGUGUCUUUACACCCUAGCACCCCGACAGCCAGAGUGCACAGGGUGCUGCAACCAGGCCACCAGAGAUGCGGGGUGUGGGGCCUCACGUGGCGAAGAAGGCAGAGAAGGGGCCACUGUGGUCGGUGGUCUGAUCUUGCUCCUUUUUCCUUGUUCAAGUUUGUUACUGCCUUAGAAUCAUGCGGAAUAAUUAGAUUUAUUUAUUACUUUAUUUAUUAUUAUUAUUUUUAUCACAUUUCAUUUUGCCUUUGAAACAGUUUCCGUCUGUUUCUCAGAAGGCUCCGGUCUGCACUGAGCCAUUGAGGCCGCCUCUGGAUGAGCUAGAUGAGGGUUUCAGGAGCAGUGGGACAUGGCCGUGUCCCAUUCCAGCAGGUUCACCCUGCGGUGCUUUGGAGGAGUCUUCCCUCCUGGAUGGAUGACUGUGAGAAAUUCGCGGUCUGGGGAGGGCCUGUCCUCAUGCUCAGGUGCGCAGCAGAUUUGAUUAGCACCAGGUAUCCUGGACUCCAGGAUUUCCAAGUCCUGGGCCUCCUCUGGGCAGCCACCUCCUUCCCACUGUCUUUGCUCGUCCUUGUGUGGCUCCCUGGCACUGAGCCUCCUCCCUACGGAGCAGGGGCUCGAGCAGGCUCCUUGCGGGGCUCGGCAGCUACGCCUGCAUCACGAGCGGAGGGUGAAAAGGCAGUGCCUCCCACUCGGGGCAGAGCCCAGCAGGAUGGGGUGUUGGUACCAUCGCACCCCGUUCUCUGAGCAGCAUCACCUCCAUUAUGUCACCCGUGAGAAGGUGUGUCAGAGGAGUGCACUGGCCAAAACUUAUACACCUUGUAAGAAAUGAGAAACUGUUCUAGAGGCUGCCCGGGCAGUGAAGGCCGAGCUGCCGUGCGGCAUGCCACCAGAGAGCUGAGGGACCCCCGUCGUCACUGAUGCCCGAUCAUGCCUUAGCUAAGUGAAUAUGAUCUUUAUAAUAAAGCAAUUUUCUACUGGGCUGUUCUCCACUUAGCAAAAACCUUGCUAAUUUUUCUUGUUUAUUGUUAACUUCUGACUUUAUUAAAGUGGAGCUGUGAGACCAUAGGACGCUCCCUGGGUCAACACUGUGUGUUUGUUUAUGCCAUGAGAGUCUCUGGACCCAUUUUCUUAGGCAUCCUAGUUCUGUUACAUCAGGGAAACCCCAUCGCCUCUGUGUGCCUCUUCCUGUCUGAUCACUUUUGAGGUCCUGGACACCGUCACGGCUCAUCCUGUGCUGGGGUUGGUUUCACGAACAGUCAGGGUUUCCUUGUUCCCAUUAGCACAAAAUAGCUAAAAGAUGUUUUCAGUGUCUGAUUCUGAAUAUCUGAAAUUGCUGAAGUUUAGAGAUAAAAUACUGUUUACUAGAGCACAGGUGUCCGGAGGGUUUCAGAGCCUAGCAAGCCCUAAGAGGUUGGCCUUCUCUUAGUCUCUCCCUGUCCAAGCUUAGAGACCCAAAACAGUGAAAUGGAAACCAUGCCUGUUCACUCUCACCCUGCUUUCGAGAGCACAAAUAAAUUAGACGUUCAGAAGAAAGAGCUUCCUAAGAAGGGAGACUGGAAUUCUCUAUGCAGAGUGGCUGAGUGCUAACCUUUCUUCUGUUUGUUUAGUGUUGCUACUCUGUUGGGAGAGGGGCUUUUAAAAUAUUUGGGAGGAGAUGUCCAAAGUGCUAAUGGUUUUCAGUAUUUUAUUUUGCAAAAUUUUCAGUAAACAGGAAACAAAGGAAUUGCGUAGUAAAUACCCAAGUAUGGACCCACUACAUAGAUUUUUCUUGUAACUAGAAGUUACAAAACUGACAAUUUUUAAAAAAAGAUUCUACUAUUUGUUCCUAUUAGAAGUAUCUCAGAGCAGGUCUCAUGGCGCAGACCUUGUGCCCCAUGGCUUGAUGCUUCUGGAGUUUUUUUAGCAGGGUGUUCAGUGACGUGAGUUACCUGGGAGUGAUCCUUGUGAACUGUUUCUUGUUCUCCGUCGUGUUUCAGAACUCAGGCCUCCUUCAGACCACAUCUUCUGUUCUUCUGUCAUCAAAGUGAGGGUGAUUGGGAAAUUGCUCCUGGAGGCCUCUGUUCUGGCCUCUGCUGCUUAUGAUACGUCGGCAGGACUCAAGCUAGAACUGAAGUCUCCAGACAGAGUGUAGCUUUAUAAUGGAAGUAGAUGGCAACUUGAAAUCAGGCCAUUAUUAGUUACUUUUUCUUAAUUGAUUCAUGCACUUUAAAAAUAUUUGUAUCUGUUAUUUAGGAAAGAAAAUUUAAGACCGUAAAACAGUAUAUUGUCCCUUAUAAGAUGUAUAUGGAAAAGUUAAACCUGAACGUUCACUGUGUUAUAUUAAUCAGUGGGGUUAGUUUUUAUUGUAAAACAUCAUUUAUAGACAAUAUCUGAGUAUUAAGUGUUUGACGAGUCCUGUCUAGCCCCUCUUUGAAAGAAUUAAGUGACUCCCAAACCCUAAAGUCUAUUUUUAUAUUUAUCUUUUAAGACUACUUUUUCUGCAAAAGACUGCCUUGUGGUCCCAAAGCUUGUGACUCCAAGGUAUGAAGUUAGGUUUACCCUAAUAUUUACUUGUCUUAGUGGCAGGUGAGGGAGGGGCGUGAAACAGUUUUGUAGAGCUUGAGAAACUGCCUUUUAAAAUUGAUUGCAAGGGAUAAAAUGGGAAUAAAAUGAGAGGAAGAGAAAGCUAGCAUGUGUGUGCCAGAACUUCGCUGUCUCCACAUUACAUUCAUUUUUGCUGUUUGCAUUCCACAAGUUGGAGUUGUUCUUGUAUUGGUUGGAGAAAUCCCCAAACACUUCUGCAGACUUACCUAACAGCAUUGGCUUUAGAGUAGGUCUCCUCUGCUGCGUGUGACCCUGACCUGAGGGCUGACUUCACCCCCAAAGCCCCUGGUACUUACAGUCCUAGGCCUAAGAUGAUGCGAUUAGAAGCCAGGAACAACUCCAUUGGCGCCACUGUAACCCCUGUUGGUUUUGACUGUGGUUGAGAAAGGGAUGAGAUGGGUACUUCCCGCCUGUGUCAGAAGAGCCUGAACCCUUGAGUAAUUGUGUAUAACAAGCUGUGCCCCUGCAGGCUGACCCUCACCCUUGGGUGCAGGAAUCGUCAUCUUCUUUAUGUGGGAUGUCAUCACACAGCAGCCCAGGGAACACACCAGUUUGUUCUUGAGAGCAUCUGCUCUAGAAUUUCUGUUGGGUCUUAGAGGUCACAUCAAUCUCUGGAACUAGCAUCUUCCCAUGUUGCCAAAAGUGCAGAGCUCUAGAAACCCGGAUCUACUGAAGAAAGGAAGAACACCAACCCUCUAGAAUUUUAGUGCUUGGAAAGACUUGGAAAUGAGUUCUGCUUGAAGGAAGGUAGUUUUACUGCUUGUGGUGGUUCUGAAGGACAGCUUGUUAUGGGAAUUUGCUCUUUAGAUCAAGUUGUUGUACUCAUGUUAUUAUUUGAUUGUGUCUAGGGAGCCCUGAAGCCUGAUUCUUUGGGGACCGAAUAGAAAAGGGGGUUCUAAAGCCAGUUGCAAGCCCAGUGCUUUCCCACGGCCCAGUGUAAGGGAGCGUCCAUUUGACCAAAGCCCUGGUCUUCAUGACAGGAGAUGCUGGCCCGAGGCCGGCCCUCCCACACAGCAUGGGACAAGGCGAGCUUGUAGGCCGUUCUGCUUCUGUCUUGUUUAUGGUAUUGUGCUACCCAAGGCCGUUGUUUACACAGUAAAUUAGAAUUAAAUGAUAGAGUUGAUAGAAAAGGCAGUCAGCCCUGGUUGGAAGUAAGGCUGGGGAGGGGUUGUGAUUUAGAGUCACAUGUUGGCACAGCUGGGUAACUCAUGUAAGACUGUGCGGUCAGAACUCAGCUUAACCUUGGUGAGUUCAACCCAAGCGAGUGAAGAGGUUGUAGGGAUGACAAUUACUUCAUGUGGGUGAUAAGUAGAACAUCUCUGGGAAGCAGAUUCUGUCACUGGUUGUGUGAGUUUCAGUGUGAGGCUGUGGUUCCUUUGGCAUUCUCAGAGUCUCACCUCACUGGGUAGUGGGUGGUGACUUUGACCUUCCACGAAGAAAACUCCCCUGGGAUUUGGCUUCUGCUGGCCUCUUUUCUGGGAGCAGGGCAGGGAGCACUCAGGAAAGAACUGCUUUGGUUCACUUGUUCACACACCCCUUUCUCUGUCUAACCUUUGGGGAUUCCUUUGACUUCACCAGCUACUUAGAUCACUAGGUUAGGGCAGGGCUGUUCCCAAAGGGGGAGAGAAACUUAAUAUGGUCAGAUUUCAGAAAGUCAUGCUCUCUGACGCCUUGCAUUGCCUCUGUCUGCACCAAGGAGGCAGCACAAAGCCCCUUCUGUUUGGUCUCUUAUCACUAGCUAAGAACCCAAUGGAUUGCCUAAAGCCUUGAGAGCAAAGUUCAUUUAAAAACAGUCGUUUCCUCAAAAACUAAGUUCAAAGGCAAGAUGCCACUUUGAAAUUAUUUGUAGUCCUGGUCACUGGUUUGAACUCAUGGUCUGAUUCCUAUUACAUGUGCUUUAAUUUCUUUCAGGUCCCCGGCAUGUGGACCACAGUUAAUCUCAAGACUCUUUUUUAUCCUUUACAGAUAAAUAAAGAAUGGCCCAGAAUCCUAGACACAUGGGUCUCUGUAUUAAAUCCACAGUUCACUGUCACUUUAAGCAGGUAGUUUGGUUUCUCUAGGGGUGAAAUAUAUAUGUGAAAUGAUUGCCAGAGGGACAAAGUGUAUUUUCUGUGAAGUUCUGAUAGAGGAUCAUGAACAAUGUGAAAGAUUUGGUGUGCAGUGGCAGAAGGGGCCCUUCCUGAACAGUCUUCCCUGCUCAGGUCUGGAAUGCCUAUAACGUCUGCCGUGUUACCUGUGAUUGCUUGUUACCAUUGACUUUCAGGCUCAGGCCAAGAAUCAUCUGGAAAAGUGUAUCUUACUUUCUUCCCUUAUGUCCUAAGCAAUACAUCUUACUAAGAAACUCCAUAUUAAAAUCUGAGAGUAUUGUCCAUAAACAAAUAUGUUUUCAUUUAAUCAUGCUCAUUUAUUUCUGUUUAGCCAUGUUUAAGAGCAAGUCAAGCCUGGAGGAAACAGUCUUACAACCCAUGACUCUGGUACACCUGUUUGCCCUUUAAUAGUGGGGAGUUUUUUGAUUCCCAGGAGGAAGCUGCUUUAUAAUCAAAAUGAUGGAUUAUAAGAAAGCUAGACGUUGGGCAAGAAUCACUGUCAUGGAGGUGCUUGAGCUCUCCCCGACUGUACCACGCCAUGGGGCUCCAUCUGGAAGGCCUGCUUUGGUGCUGUGCACUAGGUCUGUCAGGAACUGAAAGAUGAUCGUGCUUUCUUGCUAAGUACUUAAGCACCUGGCAACCAGGAAGGCCUUCUUUUCUUAUGCUGUACCCUACUCUGAUGCUGACAAGACAAAAAGGGGUCUAGAAAGGAAACUGUCACAGUUUUCCUUUAAACUGUAAUUGUAUCUUAACAAUCACUUGUCUCAGUCACCUUGUUUGACAUGUCCCCUGUCAUGGGAACGCUGCUAACCUCCUGUGGUUUCUAAGAGCUCUGUACCAAAUUGUUACUUACUCCUUAUGUCCUGCUGAGUGGUUUUUCUUUUAAAAUACCAUAAGUCAUCACCCGUGACACUGAACUUGUUGCUGUGGUACACAAAUGAUCCUGAGCUAUGGUUCUUCAAGUCUUCAAGUAGCUCAGUCCCUGUGUUUUUAUAUCAUGUAUAUCAAUUUUGUGAUGCUUUGGUGCAUUCUUUGUCUUCUCUUCGAGUUUUGAAAUCUGUCAUAAAUAAACUUUUUCACUAUGCAC